AUGGUGGGGCUGGGGCCCCGAGGGGAGAGCGGCCUGGCUCGUUGCAGCCUCGUGGACCUCCACGGCACCGUGCUCUACGACAAGUUCAUCCGGCCGGAAGGGGAGAUCACUGAUUACAGGACCCUGAUCAGUGGGAUCACACCUUGGCACAUGCAGGAGGCCACGCCAUUUGCCGUGGCCAGGCUGGAGAUCCUGCAGCUCCUGAAGGGCAAGCUGGUGGUGGGCCACGACCUGAAGCACGACUUCCAGGCGCUGAAGGAGAACAUGAACGACUACUCCGUUUAUGACACGUCGGUGGACAGGCUGCUGUGGCGGGAGGCCGGCCUGCAGGACUGCGAGCGCGUCUCCCUCCGCGUGCUCAGCGAGCGCCUCCUCGGCCGGCGCAUCCAGAACAGCCAGUUUGGACACAGCUCGGUGGAAGACGCCAGGGCGACGAUGGAGCUCUACCGAAUCUCCCUGCAAAUUCGGGCCCGCUGAGGGCUGCCGGCCCGGUGGUUGGGUGACCGCAGCUCCAGCCGGCCCCUGCCGCAGGGACUCCC